AACUUAAAAUAUCACAUUUUUAUAUUUACUGUGGUCUGGAACAACAUGGCACACAAACAACUAUCAGAAAUGCAGUCAAUAUUACAUACAGAUAAUGUGUUAUGAGACAUGCAAAUAUAAAUUAAAUACAAAGAGGACAUAAGUAAAGGAAUUUAAAUAAGCUCAAAUAUACAAACAAACGAGGCAUAAUGAUGCAAUAUGUACAUUUAGAUAGCCUAAAUAGCAUGUUAGCGUGGAUUAGCCAUGCACUGACCAAAUAUGCCUGAUGAGCACUCCACACAAGUCAAUAACAUCAACAAAGAUCACCUUUGUGCAUUCACGCACAGUAUAAAACGUUUGGUGGACAAAAUGAGACAAAGAAGCAGUGGCAUGAAACACGUCUUUCUGUGGCAGCGUUGGAGAAACUUAUACAUGUAAACAAACUAUGGUGAGUUCAAGGACCGCUGCAAUUAGUGGGACAAAACGGCGCUUGCCAAAUACUCAUCAGUGAAGCAUGUUUGAUACAAACAGUGGGAUUCCUAACAAUUAGGAAGGUUUGUGUCAUGUGUGUCAGAAACCAUAUUAAAACAAAAAAUAUAUUUUCUCCCCCAUUUUUUCCCAUUUUCAUACAUUUUUGAAAAACCUCCAGGGAGCCAUUAGGGCGGCGCUAAAGAGUGGCAUGCAGCUCUAGAGCUGCGCCUUGCCGACCCUUGACCGAGGGGUAGUUUGGGUCAGAAACACGCACAACCCAGAUAUCGAGACAUGGCGCCAUUGGAUUUUACGUGAAUCGGUGCCAAAAAAGUACCGGAUUCGGUACCCAUCCCAACUCAUUAAUUAUUAUUGUGCACUACUUUCUUUUCAAAAAAACAACACACUUUCAAGGCAUUUUUCACCUCCUAAUGAGGCUGUCUUCAUCAUCAUCUCCUGGAGGAGACACGUGUGUGUGUACAGUACGAUGUGUGCGAGCCCAUCUUUAAAAAGCCCCUUCUGGCUGAAUAGAAGGAAGUUCCUUCAGCUUCCCCAGGAAAUGGGAAGAGGAAACCCGGUGGCUGCGACCCUUGCAUUACUGCCACAAAGUGACUUGCCGGAGAGGGACAGAAUGAGGCUCUCUCCCCCUCUCGGGAAACAGAAACUUGCGAGAAAAUAAAAAGAAGCCCAGAGCAAAUUACACUCCCAAAGUGGACACUGCGAGAUAUUUGCAGAAGAUGAAGCAUCUUCUUGGGGCUUUGACCGCUUUGUGCUGCUGUUGGCUGUCCUGCUCACACACACUGGAUGCUGCUGGGAGGAACGUGUGCCACAACCCCAGGGACCCCUCCGCCCUGAUCUGCUGCCCCGGCUGGCAUCAGGUUGGAAAAGAGUGCACGAUACCUCUGUGUGAGGGUGAGCAGGCCUGUCUGAAGAACGAGCUUUGUGUGCACCCUGGUGUGUGUCGCUGCCCUCCAGGCUUCUAUGGAGCCCGAUGUAAAACACGUUGUCCUCCAGAGUUCUGGGCGUCAGACUGCCGCCAGGUGUGCCUGUGUCACCCACAUGGCCGUUGUGACGCCGUCACCGGCGAAUGCACCUGCAACCCCAACCGCUGGGGCCCCCUGUGCCAGUACCCCUGCAAGUGCACCCGCCACGGAAGCUGCCACCCCGUGUACGGGAACUGCACCUGCAACGAGGGCUGGUGGACGCCGACGUGCGCCAAGCCGUGCCAGUGCGUCCCCGGAGGGUCUGCGGGUCCCGGCUGUGACCAGCUGACAGGCCGGUGUCAGUGCCGCAGGGGUCACUGGGGGCUGAAAUGUCCCGUCGCUUGCAACUGCUACCUGUCGCAGUGCAACCAGCGCACUGGCGUGUGCGAGUGCGACGCCGGCUGGUGGGGGCCCAGCUGUGACAGGCGAUGUAACUGUGAGCUCGCACACAGUGACUGUGACAUCGCUACGGGACAGUGCCUGUGCCACCCGGGGUACGAGGGCGACUUCUGCAACCUGCCGUGUGCGCCCGGGAAGUACGGCAGCUGGUGUAAAAUGAGUUGUGGACACUGUAAAGACAACAAGCCCUGCUCCUCCACCGACGGCGCCUGCGCUGCCUGCGAGACCGGCUGGAAUGGCACGCAAUGCGACCGCCCGUGCCCGUCUGGUUACCAUGGCGACAGCUGCCAAGAGCCCUGCCCGCGCUGCAGAAACAAUGAGACUUGCGAUCCAAAAAGCGGGAAAUGUUGGCGAUGUGAUCCAGGAUGGACAGGAUCCAGGUGUGAGGAGGCCUGCCCUGACAGGACGUACGGAGACGCCUGCCGCUUCCUGUGCAGCCCCUGUUUCCACGGCAAUUGCCAUCACGUGACAGGAAAGUGUGUCUGUCAACCGGGCUUUCAGGGAGAGAGUUGUAACAACAGUUGCUCCGCCCUGCAGUUUGGCCUCAACUGCUCCUCCGCCUGCGGCUGUGGCGAGGAGGUGGGCUGCCACCCGGUGACUGGUGUCUGCCCCAAUAGUGGUCGAGGCGCUCUCCUGGCAGGCCUGUUGGUUCCUCUGCUCCUGCUGCUCCUCGCUGUCCUGUGCUGCUGUCUGUGUUGUGGAGGAGGUCCCGCUGAUGAAAAAGACAGAACGGGUGUGUCCGACGGAGGACUGUCAGUACGCAUGAAAUAUCACGUCUACAGCGUCCUGGCUAACAUCGGCGCCGCCCUCCCGUGCAUCUCUGAUUGGUCGUCCGGCCUCCCUCGUGUCACUGUGUCUCACCAUGACCCGGAGCUCACGUUCAACCACAGCUUCAUUGAGCCUCCCUCCUCCGGCUGGGUGACUGAGGGCUCCUCCUUUGACAGUGAUGAGGAGGAUGGAGAGGCUCUCUACUGCAUCCCACCUCGAGAAGACAUGCCGGGCAUGGAGGGCAGCCACUUCCAGGAGAUGAGCUCCAAGUGUAACAUGCUCUUAGACCCGUCAGGCUUCAGCAGCGAGGACAUAACCUCCCCCUUCAACAUCCCCCGCACUUCCAGCAUCGCCAAAUCCAAGCGUCCGUCCGUCUCCUUCGCAGAGGGUACCCGCUUCAGCCCCAAGGAGAGGCGGGGCUCGGCUCAAGACCCCGCCUCUCUGACGGGGAACCCUCGCAAAGCCAAGUCGCCCUGGGGGGGUUUGAUGCAGUCAGCUGGCGAGGAAGACGCAGGUGAGGGUGAGUUGGGGGAAGACGGAGUUCAAGUGACAGACAGCCAGGAUCCGAGCUGCGAGGUUAUAGAACAGGAGGAUAGAAAGUCGGCUACGCGCACCGCAUCGGGCCGAAGACGCACCAUGUCUAACACCGCGGCGCAUAAAAUGGCUGCGUCUGCUCCCAAUCAUCCAUCAGGAGACUCCGACAAGAUCACCACGGUGUACGUGACAGUGGGUAAGGCGGGCCGGCCCGCGUCCAAGGCGGAGGCGAGCUCAGAAGGGCCCGUUCAAGCCAUGCUGAGGCGACUUGGAAGCCUCCAGAGACAACGAGAGCAGGACCCCGGCAAGAGCAAAGCUAAGGAAGGGACGGAGGGGAAGGCCAAACCCCCCAGGAGGAAGCUCGGGGCUCGGAGGAGCGUGUGGGAGCAGGGUGGGCCUUCAGGAGAGGAGCCCGCCAUCAGUAAACCCGUGAGGAGGAAACAUUCCUCCCACAGUGUCCCUGACACGGCCGCGACCGACGACGAGGCGGAAAGCAUCCCCCUCAAAAGACCCUUGUCGUCCAUUUUGAAGAGCGUACCCGAGGUGGUCUCAGCCGCCAGAGGUCAGGCGGACGAGACCAGCGUGGGACAGACUUACCUGACUGUGGGACCAGCAGGGGGCGCUGUGACUGUCAGUGAUGAAGGUGCAGUGGUGAGUGUGAAAGAUGAACCAUGCUAUGAAAACAUCAUGAUUACACACUCAUUACCCACUUAAACAAUACUUUACUGUAUUGUAAGCUUGGGAGUACAAACUUACUGCAUUUAUGAAAGUUAAAUUAACUUUAAAACACACAAACUUAUAUCAGGCGUCCUCAAUUACAUUUGUCCAAGGGACAUACUUUUUCUCAGCAGAUUCUAUAAGGACUAGUAUCCUAAAAAACAUAUAAUAUCCAUACAAAAAGACAAAAAAACAAUAAAUACAAAUAAAAAAAUAUAUAAAAUACCUAUAUUUCCUCUGAUAUAUCCAUCCUUCCAUUUUCUACCGCUUGUCCCCUUCGGGGUCGCGAGGUGGGGGGUGCUGGAGCCUAUCUCAGCUGCAUUCGGGCGGAAGGCUGGGUACACCCUGGACAAGUCGCCACCUCAUCGCAGGGCCAACACAGAUAGACAGACAACAUUGACACUCACAUUCACACAUAUAUAAUAUAACGUAAAUAAAGAUGCAAUAGUUGAAAAUGUAAACAUUAGAAAUGUCACAAAGAACAAUACAAGUAGUUAAGGUCUUUAUUCGUCAGACUUAACACAUUGUUCAUAUUGCAAAAUAGUCUGUCGCUUAUUAAAAAACAAAAAAAUAUCAUCUUUCAUAUAUCCUUGCUGUAGGAAUAAAUCUACAGCAUGUCAUUUGGAUGCAUUGAACCAUGUCAUUUCUCCCAGUCAAAAAUACAAACAACUUGAAUAAAAGAAAACGUGUAGUACACUGAGAUGUGGUUUUAAUAUAUAUUAUGAUAUUAUAAUGAUAAUAAUAAUAUAUAUGUGUGUGUAUAUAUAUAUAUGUAUAUAUAAAUG